AAGCGAUCGAUUGAUCGACGAUCGCUGCUGCCACCGCGACUGCGCUCGGCUCCUGUGCAGAACCAUCUUGCGGGAGGCGGCGCACAAGUCGACAAGAUGACCAAGGCCGCCGCCAGGAGGAUCCGCGACAACGAUGGACCACCGGUGACGAAGAAGAAAAAGAAGAAGAAGACAAGCCUGGCACGAGUCGACAAGAUGACCAAGGCCGGCAGGAGGAUCCGUGACCACGACGGACCACCGGAGACGAAGAAGAAAAAGAAGAAGAAGAGAAGCCUGGCACGAGUCGACAAGAUGACCAAGGCCGGCAGGAGGAUCGGCAACAGUGAUGGACAAGCAGAUGAGAUUACCUUCGCGAUCUUCGAGCCUGACACAACCCAAUCCGAAGCAAAAUUAGGUCGUGUGUGCGAUGUGGUCGAGUCCGCGACGGAGGAAUCCUCCGAUCCACCCAGCUCACCGGUCUACGAACCCUACAUUCCAGACGAGCUAGCUGCAGAUCGGGUCGCACGCUCCGCCUUCAAACACGCCAAAGCCAAAUACAAAGCAGAACAAGCUCGUCUAGCUGACCUGUUCACAAUGGAUCGCUGGCACGAUCCAUCUUCGUGCCUGUUCAAUGACCGUGGCCUCCUUUCCAUCCGUGAACUCACAAGAGAUGCAAUACUUCUUGCUGCUAAAUCUAUCAUUUUGCUCUCAUCCUUUCUCGGGAAUCAACAGCUCAAUAAAUGUUGUGGCUUGUGGUUUCAAAGGGAUGACCAGAGAAAAACCGCCCUUGUUUUGACAUCUGCUCAUCUCAUUCGCAAAAAUGAUCUAAACCAGUGGAAGCGGCAGUGGACAGGUGAAUAUCAUCAUAACGCUAAGGUCAUUGUUCAUUUGCUGGACAACACAACUACACUAGGCCACCUCAUCUAUCUUCAAGAGCAUUAUGAAAUUGCUAUUUAUGAGGUUCAAGUGGACAAACCAGUUCAUCUACCCACCUUUAAUGACCGUGUGCAUUCUGGUCAAGAUGUUUUCCGCCUUGGAAGAGAUGCAGAUCUUGAUAUAAAGAUAACACAUGGUAAUUUGGCCUAUAACAGUCCAUCCGGGUAUGAAAGAUGCCACUACAUGUAUUUUCUUCGUGAUGCAUCUAGUCUCAAACUGUUACAUGAUGAUGGAGGGCCCAUCAUUGAUUUAGAAGGGAAGGUUGUGGGUCUAGUUAACAACCAAAUUAAUGAGACGUUUGUACCUUCGUCGAUAUUGCAUAAGUGCUUGGAUUUUUGGAGGAGGUUCAAUUGUAUGCCUCGCCUCCACCUUGGAAUGACAUUUAGUCCAAUCAAGUUUUUAAAUCCUAUUUGUAUUGAGAGGAUGACUCGUAAGCAUAACAUCGACUCUGGCCUUAUUGUUGAGCAGAUAUCAAAAGAAUCACAUGCUGAGAAAAUUGGAAUUCGCAAGGGUGAUGUCAUUGAAAGUUUUAACGGAAAGCACAUUUCUACUACAAUUGAGUUGGAAAGCAUGUUGAUAGACAUAUGCUGGGAUCAUUUUGAUCAAGGAAAGAAAUUGAAUACUGAAAAAGAUGUUUCGGUGAAAAUAUUUGAUGCUACCAAACUUUGUCCGAGAACAAGAAACUUGACUGUAAUUGUAUCGGACUGUGGAGAGGACAUUGUAAAAGGUGCUUACCCUAUCAUGGGUGAAGAAGCCCUGUCAGUCUUAUGAUUCUUGAUUCUUGAGCUGGGUCUGAGGCACCUCUCCACUGCUGGGCUUCAUGGACGAGUCAAUUGAAUUGACCCUGCAUGCACAAAUUCAUUUUUGGCAUAAUCUUUUUUUGUGCAUUCUUGGACAAAAACUUUAAAUUAUGGGUGCCUUUGGACUGUAGAAGCAGCUUAAGCUUAGAGCAUAACCUCCAUGUUCGAGCAGAACAUAUUAUUGGCUACUACUUAUUUUGAGUCUUGUGAAACUCACAUCCUGUCUGUAUGCAAGUGUAGCAUUUGUGGAUGAUGAAUUGAACUGGGCAAUUAUGUUGGAGUGUAAUGUUUGGACCGUAGAAGCAGCAUAUAUAGCUUAGAGCAGAGCCUGUAUGUUAUUGGCUAUUAAUUGCUACAUUGCUAGUUCAUUCCCUUUACUUUAUUGUGCAGGGUAAAAGGGAAGACGAAUACCCAUCAUGUAGCAAGUGUACUUUCACCCUAUAGUGGCAAUUACUUUAAAAUACUGUGCUCAAAUAACAAGCUUUUACACGCA